AUGGACUUUUCCCCCUCUGCAGACUUUUGUCUUUUGGCCGAUGAAAAGUUUGACUUCGAUCUCUCAUCUUCUUCCAGCACAAAUGAAGACGAUGAAGUGUUUUUUGGACCUGUUGGGCACAAGGAAAGAUGCAUCGCCGCCAACAUAGAAUUCAGCGAGAAGCUUCCCGAGCAGCCCAUGCUGCCAGCAGCUGCCAGCCCCUGCACCUGGAGCCCCCUCACCGGGGAGAAGUUUGUGGAGGUGUACAAAGAGGCUCACUUACUUGCCCUGCAGAUAGAAAGCUGCAGCAGGAGAGAGGCGGCCCCACCCACCCAGCCUGAAACCUCUUGGAGCCAGAACACGGAAAGAUUUGUCCAAGAAUCAAAGUUAAAAAUAAACCUCUUUAAUAGAGUACAGGAAAUGGAGAAGAGCCCCAAGUCUCUUAAAAGAGAAACAUACUUCCUGUUGGAUAGCCCCUUGAAGAGCUCCUCCGGAGACCAGCCCCACUCUGGGGAGCCCCAGCUCCCGCCUUGCUCCCCAGUGCUGCCUGCUGCUCCAGCCAGAGCCCACCCUGCCCCAAUACCACCUCACUCAUGUCAACCUUUGCCAGGGGGGCCAAGUGCUGCCCGCCCUCCAAAUCACACUGUGCCUCCAAAGAUGACCCGGUUGCAGCCGCCCCGAGCUUUGUCUGCGAGAGGCAAACACCUUCAGCUGGUCAUGGAGAAGCCCAAGAAAGAGACAGCAGCUAGUCCCUCCAAGGCGAGACCCCGAGAUGACAGAGGAUUCCCUGGGGAAGUGUGCCCAGACAGACCUUCCACUGCCCUGGAUGCCACCACCCUGUCAGCGGGCGGAAGCCGCCUGGGUCAGGGCAAGCGGUCGCUCCCAGUCCCGAACAGGCUUGGGCUGAAGAAAACCCUGUUAAAACCACCUGGCUGCGCUAGCAGUCUCGCGAGGAAGCCCUCUUCCUCAGGGUCUGCUGUAAGUGUGUCUCCAGCAGCAGGGAGAGCCAAGCCAAGUGAGCGGACAGGUAUUCCCUCUGGCAGCUCCCGGCCUCUGUCGCAUAUCAGCAAGCUGAGCAGAGCAGGUCUCACCAUGCUGCGCCAGCCUGUGCCAGCAGCCCCAGCAGGACCACCAUGUGGGCUAGUCAGGAGGCCCGGAGUGGCCCAGGUGUCAGCAGAGCAGCCCAAGUUGCCCACCACCUCCCCUCUUGCCCAGUCCCAGAUGCCUGAGGCUGGAGGCCUGAGGCUGGAUCCUCACUCUGUUUCCUCGACAUCUCAACUGAAUGGAACUAGAGGCCUAAGCAGGCAGGACUUCUGUCUGAAUGCCAAGACAAAGGCAGUGCUUGCCCCUGCAAAUCCAUUUAAAGUUCCUACGUGUCCUGUUGGUGAAUCCCCGAAAGGCAUGACACCGAAGUCCUCCCGGGCACAGUGGCUGCAGUCGUGGGCAGCGGCUGGCAGGGCCACUGUUCACAGCACACCUGUGAGACGCUCACUGGGGCCGGCAUCACAAGAUCUGUCCGAUACAAGGACUCCCGUAAGCGCACGGCGAGUGUCAGCAUUGCCCACCCCUUCUGGCCGCCAUCUCUCUGGCCUCCCACGGAUGACCCCACAGUCUGUGCCUAGGGCUCUGGCUUCCCCGCUGUGCGGGCCUGCUCGGCGAUUGUCCUCCGAGCCCCGGAAGAGGUCUGUGGUGAGAACUGAGCUGGCACAGGAGCUCCAGCAGAAGGCCAGCUGUGCGCAGGUGGGCCUCGGCCUGUCCUCCAGUGAGAGCCCUUCACCUCCAUUCUCCAUACCUCAGGCGCUUCAUUUUUCUCCUGAGAAAAGUGAUUUUUCUCCAGAAGGCUCCACUGUAGGAGAGGCUCAGGAUGAAGCCAAACCUUGCAGUGGCUCGCACUCUAGAGAGGCUAUCCUCAUCGACGUGGGGCUGGAUCAGCUCAGCCUUGCUCCUGAGGAAGGCAGGCCCCCAGCUGCCCUCCCCCUCAUCGACGUGGGGCUGGAUCAGCUCAGCACUGCUCCUGAGGAAGGCAGACCCCCUGCCGCCCUCCCCCUCAUCGACAUGGGGCUGGAUCAGCUCAGCCUUGCUCCUGAGGAAGGCAGGCCCCCAGCUGCCCUCCCUCUCAAUGACGUGGGGCUGGAUGAGUUCAGCCUUGCUCCUGAGGAAGGCAGACCCCCAGCCGCCCUCCCCCUCAUCGACGUGGGGCUGGAUCAGCUCAGCACCGCUCCUGAGGAAGGCAGACCCCCAGCCGCCCUCCCCCUCAUCGACGUGGGGCUGGAUCAGCUCAGCACCGCUCUUGAGGAAGGCAGACCCCCAGCCGCCCUCCCCCUCAUCGACGUGGGGCUGGAUCAGCUCAGCACCGCUCCUGAGGAAGGCAGACCCCCCGUCACCAUCCCUCUCAUCAACUUCUGCAGUACACCUGAGAUGGGUGCCGGGCUGGGACUGCACAGCAGGCCCCUGAUGGACCUCAUGAUGAAUACCCCAGAUGUGGGCAGAAAUGGUGCAGUAAAGCCCCCGCGAGCCGAACAGCGGCAGCUGAUUGACCUGGGCUCCCCGCUGAUCCAGCUGAGCCCCGAGGCCAACAAGGAAAACAUGGAUUCUCCACUUCUCAAGUUCUGAGUAGAGAAUACUCUUCACUGAAGCGGCAUUUGACCGAAAAAAAUUUUUUUAGAAAAUAAUUGUGUUUGAUGUGGGAGUCGGGGGAGGAAAAGCCAGAAAAUAUCUUUUUGAGGCUAGAAGGUGGGCUGGGCCUGGGAUUGGCACAGUGGCCCUGAGGGUGUCCCUCCUCUGUAGGGAGUUAGGAAUGUUGCUUUGUGCUUUCUGUAUGUGAAAUAGCUGCUGUUUUAAAGUUUGUGUAAAAAGUUACGUAAAAAGUUACGUAUUCCAGAUGUAAGUUAAAUU